AUGCCGCUGCAGCUAGAUAAGGCGACUCUGCUUUCCCGGAGGGCAACGAUGAUCACCGCGCUGGGUCGGGCAGAGGCGUUCGUGAACUUCUUCGACGAGCAACGCGAUCGGAUGCAGGUGCCCAUUCGCCUUGAGUACCUGAACAACAUGUGGGCCACGUUGGAGGAGGUGCAGGGGCAGCUAGAAGACAGCGAAGACAGCGAAGAAGGUAGGCAAAGUAAUGCUGGUAUCCGUGCCGAUUUUGAGCCGCGGCUCUUUAGAAUAAAAGCCGAUUUGAUCUCCAGACUUCCUGUUGUCACUCAGCAAGCUCGCAUCCCUGAAACUUCUUCGCACAGUUCCACUCUCUCUGGGUUGAAGCUUCCUACAAUUUCGCUUCCUGAAUUCGACGGGGACUAUAUGCAGUGGCUAGGGUUCCACGACACAUUCUUGGCUUUGAUCCACUCUAACGCCGAGGUUCCUGCGAUUCAGAAAUUCCACUAUCUGAGGGCAGCUUUGAAAGGUGAAGCAGCGCAGCUGAUAGAAUCUAUCUCGAUCAGUUCUGCAAACUACAAUUUGGCAUGGCAGACAUUGGUUGACAGGUACGCCAACGACUACCUAUUAAAAAAGCGACAUCUGCAGGCUCUUUUUGAGGUUCAAUCGGCGAAGAAGGAAACUGCUGCGUCAUUACAUACACUGGUGGACGAAUUCCAGCGUCAUACGAAAAUUUUGUGUCAACUAGGUGAACCAACGGAUUCCUGGAGCAGCAUCUUGGAACAUCUCCUGUGUACAAAGCUUCCCAACGAUACGCUCAAGGCAUGGGAAGAUCACGCGUCAACCACCAACGAGCCAAACUACAACUGUCUGAUCGAGUUUCUUCAGCGUCGUAUGCGAGUUUUGGAAUCCAUCUUGGUGAACCAUCAUCAGCUUGCAUCCACUCCGAAUGAGUCCACGCAUGCUUCCAGGAAGCCAUCGCAUUUUCGCCUCUCGUCUUGCGCUUCCACUUCUAGUUCUGGUAUCAAAUGUCCGGCUUGCAACCAGGAACAUCCGUUGAUGAAAUGUGCGAAAUUCAACCAACUUUCCCAGUCCGAACGACAGCAACUCGUUUCCAACAAACGUUUAUGCCACAACUGCCUGAAGGGUGACCACAUUGCUCGAAAUUGUCCUUCGAACUACAACUGCAGGCACUGCAACAAGCGUCACCACACCAUGCUGCAUUCUGGCGGGAGUUCAAGGUCAGCAAGCGAGUCAUCCUCCGUUCGUACUUCUAUGCCAACACAAGCUAUUCAGUCUAGCGGUUCUUCUGUACCCAAGCCAGCCUCCCAAUCCUCUGUUGCAGCAGCUGAAAGUAUUUCCAGGGUCGUCGUCAGUGCUUCUGCUCCGCAGCCUCGAGAAGACGUUUUCCUUUUGACGGUGUUGGUGAAGGUCGUUGAUGCGUACGGUCAAGAUAACAUUGCUCGCGCUUUGCUCGACAGCGCUUCUCAGCCGAAUUUGAUUACUGAUCGCUUGGCACGCAGGUUGCAUUUGAAGAGAAGUUCUGUGAACGUGAUCAUCCAAGGGGCUGGUAAUCUUUCGAAGAGGGUGCGAGAAUCAAUCUUCGCUCGGAUCAAGUCGAGGAACGAUGCCUUCGAAUGUGGCGUUGAGUUCCUACUAAUGGACACAGUGACAUCAGAUCUUCCCGCACAGGACAUUUCCGUCAAUGACUGGCAGAUUCCUCAAAAUUUAGCGCUGGCCGAUCCCAUGUUCAACAAGAGUCAACAGAUUGACAUGGUUCUGGGCGCUAAGCAUUUUCACUCCUUCUUCCCAAGCACUGCUCGUCUUCAGUUGGCUGAAAACCUUCCUAUGCUGGUGGACAGUGUAUUUGGCUGGGUUGUCACGGGAUCAGCAAGCAUGAUUCACCCAGCUCAACAGCAAUCUUCCAAUCCUACCAUCGUCGCUGUUUCCAUGCUGACACUCGAAGAGAGUAUCGAAAGAUUCUGGAAGACCGAGGAACUGACCGUCAGCAACAACUAUUCGAUCGAAGAACGCUAUUGUGAAGAUUACUAUCAGUCCACCACGUCUCGAGAUACGACAGGCCGAUACAUCGUUCGUCUGCCGCGGAAGUCUGAUUUUGAUGCCAUGCUAGGGGAAUCCAGGACCAGUGCUCUUCGACGUUUCGAUCAACUGGAGCGGCGUCUCGAUCGGGAUCAGAAAUUGAAGGAGGAAUACCACAACUUCAUGAAGGAGUACCUCUCCCUCGGCCACAUGCGUCUGGUCGAAACGGACGACGGGAAUUACUCCCACACUUACUAUCUACCCCACCACCCCGUGAUAAAGGAGGAAAGUACGACCACCAAAGUGAGAGUCGUGUUCGAUGGUUCGGCUCGUACUUCUACCGGCUUCUCCCUCAAUGAAGCUCUCUGCGUGGGUCCGGUGGUUCAAGAUGACCUUCUCGCUAUUAUCCUUCGGUUUUUGACGUACCCCGUGGCUCUCGUCGGCGAUGCAGCGAAAAUGUACAGGCAGGUACUGCUGCACCCAGAUGACUGUCCUCUGCAAUACAUAUUUUUUCGGUUCUCCAAAGAUGUUCCUGUUCAAACUUACAUGUUGCUAACCGUGACAUAUGGACUAGCCCCAUCCUCCUUUCUCGCGACGCGUACUCUCCAGCAGAUUGCGACGGAUGAAGGUGAUGCAUAUCCAUUAGCUGGUCCAUCAGUACCCAAAAACUUUUAUGUGGACGACUACAUCGGAGGAGCAAAUUCUAUUGAAGAAGCUGUUCAGCUUCGGAGGGAGCUUUCGGAAUUGCUUGAAAAAGGUGGCUUCAUGUUGAGAAAGUGGACGUCGAACCGCCUAGAAGUUCUACAAGGACUCGAAAACGAUCAGAUUGGGACUCAAUCGAGUUUGCAGUUCAGCCCAAACGAGUCUAUAAAGGCGCUAGGAAUUCGCUGGGAGCCAGAGCCCGAUCAACUGCGGUUUGAUUCCCAAAUACAGCAACGUGACGAUCCACCCACGAAGCGGUCCAUCCUCUCCGACAUCGCUAGGCUCUUCGACCCACUCGGCCAAAUUGCACCUGUCGUUGUCACAGCGAAGAUCCUGAUGCAAGAAUUGUGGUCUCUAUCGUGCGACUGGGAUGAUCCUGUACCGCAUGCCAUUCAACUAAAAUGGGAGAACUUCCGGCGUGAGUUACCGAAGAUCGCUACUUACCGAAUUGACCGUUAUGCAUUCUUACCGGAGGCUAGAGUAGAGCUACAUACUUUCGCCGAUGCUUCAACAGCUGCAUAUGGAGCCUGCACGUACGUCCGCUGUGAAAACGCCCUGGGAGUGGUGAAGAUUCGUCUGUUGGCUUCGAAAAGUAAGGUGGCGCCGCUAAAAAGACUGACCAUCGCCCGACUUGAGCUUUGUGCUUGCGUCUUGGCAGCGCAUCUAUAUCACCGCAUCAAAGAGUCCAUCAACGUCCACGUGUCAGCAUCGUAUUUCUGGUCAGAUUCUUCAGUCUGCAUAUACUGGCUUCGCGCACCUCCUAGCUCGUGGAAGACAUUCGUGGCGAACAGGGUAUCGGAAAUCCAACAUUACACUCAUGGUGGCAGGUGGAAUCACAUAUCUGGCUCAGAGAACCCUGCAGAUCUCGUCUCACGUGGGAUGUCAGUUGAGGAAUUUGUGAAGAACGAGGCGUGGAAGCAUGGUCCAUCCUGGUUGGCCGACCCGCAGCAGUCCUGGCCGAUUUCAAAUACGUCUACCGUUGCUGAAGUAGAUCUGGAAGCAAAAACCGUCGUUGUGUCCGUCCAAACGACACCCAGCAUUAACCCAUGGUUCCUUCGGUGGUCGUCAUACAAUCGCUUGCUCCACACCAUGGGAUACUGCCUGCGUUUCGCUACUAAAGCUCGAUCAAAGACUAAAACCCAGCCAAUUGCUUCCGUUGCUCCCGGCACCAUCCGAUACCCGAACAGCAGCAAAUCGGUCAGCUACCUGCUUCAAGGAUCGUUCCAAGUCGUCCGUUCUCCAACACAGGCGUGGAUUACGCUGGUCCGUUCGGCUUUGCGACGGUUCACCUCAAGGCGGGGAGUCCCAACCCACCUAUAUUCCGAUAAUGGGAAAAAUUUCGAAGGAGCAAAGCGCGAACUGGUCGAGCUAUUCGCCAGAUUUAGGAGCAACAACGAGCAGAGCAUAAUCGCUUCAGCCUGCUCCGAGCAAGGGAUAAUGUGGCACUUGACUCCUCCUAAGGCACCACACUUUGGUGGCCUAUGGGAAGCAGCGGUCAAGACUGCCAAGCGGCAUUUAUUUCGCCAAUUAGGUAGUACACGUCUCUCGUUCGAAGCUUACUACACUAUUUUACAUCAAAUCGAAGCAGUAAUGAAUUCUCGUCCAUUGCUCCCGAUGUCCGACGAUCCAAACGAUCUUGCUGCACUGACGCCGGCACACUUCCUCAUCGGAACGUCUCUUCAGGCCCUGCCCGACCCAGACCUCCAGCACACAUCGGUGGGCACCCUCGAUCACCUCCAAAAGCUCCAGCAACACAUCCAGAAAUUUUGGAGUCACUGGCGAUCAGAGUACCUGCAGGAGUUAAUGAAGGACACCAAGCUUGCUGCACGAAACGACGAGAUUCAACCCGGACGAAUGGUCAUCUUAAUCGACGAAAUGUUGCCGACGCCCCGUUGGCCGCUUGCCCGCAUUACGGAGGUGCACCCUGGAAGCGAUAAGUUAAUUCGAGUUGUUAGCCUACGAACUGCGAAGGGCAUCAUCAAGAGACCAAUCACCAAAAUUUGUCUGCUGCCGCAUCCAGAACCGAUUCCCGAAGAAGAACGACGUGACGAUCCCACCGCUGAUUUUCGCCGCCAACGAUUGGCAACACAGGCACGAAUAGACCCGAAAGGAAAGAAUCGAGUUUUUAACCUUCGCAUACUCGCCGUCAUUCCCGUGUCAUUCCCGUGUUAA